UGUGAAUGUUCAAGAAAAUUCAUCUGAAUUUUUGAUAUUCAAAGAGGAGUCAGUAUUUAUAUUCAUCUUUUAAACUGGGAAGAUUUAUAUUUUAUUUUAAAACUCCUUGAUAUUUACAAUGAAUGGACAUAGUGAUGAAGAAAGUGUUAGAAACAGCAGUGGAGAAUCAAGCCAGUCGGAUGAUGAUUCUGGUUCAGCUUCAGGCUCUGGAUCAGGUUCGAGUUCUGGAAGCAGCAGUGAUGGAAGCAGUAGCCAGUCAGGUAGCAGUGACUCUGACUCUGCAUCUGAAUCAGGCAGUCAGUCAGAGUCUGAGUCAGACACAUCACGAGAAAACAAAGUUCAAGCAAAACCACCGAAAGUUGAUGGAACUGAGUUCUGGAAAUCUAGCCCCAGUAUUCUUGCUGUUCAGAGAUCUGCAAUGCUUAAGAAGCAGCAGCAACAGCAACAGCAGCAACAGCAACAGCAACAUCCAGCUUCAUCUAAUAGUGGAUCAGAAGAGGAUUCCUCUAGCAGUGAAGAUUCUGAUGAUUCAUCAAGUGAGGUCAAGAGGAAAAAGCAUAAAGAUGAAGAUUGGCAGAUGUCUGGGUCAGGAUCUCCAUCUCAGUCUGGUUCAGAUUCAGAAUCUGAAGAGAGAGAUAAAAGCAGUUGUGAUGAAACAGAAUCGGAUUAUGAACCCCAAAACAAAGUCAAAAGCAGAAAACCUCAGAAUCGCUCUAAGUCAAAAAAUGGAAAAAAGAUUAUUGGACAGAAAAAGAGGCAGAUUGAUUCAUCUGAUGAUGAUGAUGAUGAAGAUUAUGAUAAUGAUAAAAGAAGUUCUCGUCGCCAAGCAACUGUCAAUGUUAGCUAUAAGGAAGAUGAAGAAAUGAAAACAGAUUCUGAUGAUCUACUGGAAGUGUGUGGAGAGGAUGUUCCUCAACCUGAGGAAGAAGAAUUUGAAACAAUAGAAAAGUUUAUGGAUUGUCGGAUUGGGAGAAAAGGAGCUACUGGUGCUACUACCACCAUCUAUGCAGUUGAAGCAGAUGGUGACCCAAAUGCAGGAUUUGAAAAAAAUAAGGAGCCAGGAGAAAUCCAGUAUUUAAUUAAAUGGAAAGGAUGGUCACAUAUCCACAACACCUGGGAGACAGAAGAAACCCUUAAGCAGCAGAAUGUUAGAGGAAUGAAAAAAUUGGAUAAUUAUAAGAAAAAAGAUCAAGAAACAAAAAGAUGGUUGAAAAAUGCUUCACCAGAAGAUGUGGAAUAUUAUAAUUGCCAACAAGAGCUUACAGAUGAUCUACAUAAGCAGUAUCAAAUAGUGGAACGUAUAAUUGCUCAUUCCAAUCAAAAGUCAGCAGCUGGUUAUCCUGAUUAUUAUUGCAAAUGGCAGGGGCUUCCAUACUCAGAGUGCAGCUGGGAAGAUGGAGCUCUCAUUUCUAAAAAGUUUCAAGCAUGCAUUGACGAGUAUUUUAGUAGGAACCAAUCAAAAACCACUCCCUUUAAAGAUUGCAAAGUAUUAAAACAGAGACCAAGGUUUGUAGCCUUGAAGAAGCAACCAUCCUAUAUUGGAGGACAUGAGGGUUUGGAAUUGAGAGAUUAUCAACUGAAUGGUUUAAAUUGGCUUGCUCACUCAUGGUGCAAAGGAAAUAGUUGCAUACUUGCUGAUGAAAUGGGCCUUGGAAAAACAAUACAGACGAUCUCAUUUUUGAACUAUUUGUUUCAUGAACAUCAGUUAUAUGGACCUUUUCUGUUAGUAGUACCACUUUCUACUCUCACAUCCUGGCAAAGGGAGAUUCAGACAUGGGCUUCCCAAAUGAAUGCUGUGGUUUAUUUAGGUGAUAUUAACAGCAGAAACAUGAUACGAACACAUGAGUGGAUGCAUCCCCAGACCAAACGGUUAAAAUUUAAUAUACUUUUAACAACUUAUGAAAUUUUAUUGAAGGAUAAGGCAUUCCUUGGUGGUUUGAAUUGGGCAUUCAUAGGUGUUGAUGAAGCACAUAGACUAAAAAAUGAUGACUCCCUUCUUUAUAAAACUUUAAUAGAUUUUAAAUCGAAUCACCGUCUGCUUAUUACUGGAACUCCUCUACAAAACUCCCUCAAAGAGCUGUGGUCAUUACUACAUUUCAUUAUGCCAGAAAAGUUUUCUUCCUGGGAAGAUUUUGAAGAAGAACAUGGGAAAGGGAGAGAGUAUGGUUAUGCAAGCCUCCACAAAGAACUGGAGCCAUUUCUGUUACGCCGAGUUAAGAAAGAUGUAGAAAAAUCUCUUCCUGCCAAGGUUGAGCAGAUUUUAAGAAUGGAAAUGAGUGCUUUACAGAAACAAUAUUACAAAUGGAUUUUAACUAGGAACUACAAAGCCCUCAGCAAAGGUUCCAAGGGCAGUACCUCAGGCUUUUUGAACAUUAUGAUGGAGCUAAAGAAAUGUUGUAACCAUUGCUACCUCAUUAAACCACCAGAUAAUAAUGAAUUCUAUAAUAAACAGGAGGCCUUACAACACUUAAUUCGUAGUAGCGGAAAAUUGAUUCUUCUUGACAAGCUGUUAAUUCGCCUAAGAGAACGAGGCAAUCGCGUUCUCAUUUUUUCUCAAAUGGUGCGGAUGUUAGAUAUACUUGCAGAAUAUUUAAAAUAUCGCCAAUUCCCCUUUCAAAGAUUAGAUGGAUCAAUAAAAGGGGAGCUGAGGAAACAAGCUCUAGAUCAUUUUAAUGCUGAGGGAUCAGAGGAUUUCUGCUUUUUGCUUUCUACAAGAGCUGGUGGUUUAGGGAUUAAUUUAGCCUCUGCCGACACUGUGGUUAUAUUUGAUUCUGACUGGAAUCCACAAAAUGAUCUUCAGGCACAGGCAAGAGCUCAUCGAAUUGGGCAAAAAAAACAGGUGAAUAUAUAUCGUCUAGUUACCAAGGGAUCAGUUGAAGAAGAUAUUCUUGAAAGGGCCAAAAAGAAGAUGGUUUUAGAUCAUCUUGUAAUUCAAAGAAUGGACACAACUGGCAAGACUGUACUUCACACAGGUUCUGCUCCAUCAAGUUCUACUCCUUUCAAUAAAGAAGAAUUAUCAGCCAUUUUAAAGUUUGGUGCUGAGGAACUUUUUAAGGAACCUGAAGGAGAAGAACAAGAGCCCCAGGAAAUGGAUAUAGAUGAAAUCUUGAAGAGGGCUGAAACUCAUGAAAAUGAACCAGGACCUUUAACCGUAGGAGAUGAGUUGCUUUCCCAGUUCAAGGUUGCCAAUUUUUCAAAUAUGGAUGAAGAUGACAUUGAAUUGGAACCUGAAAGAAAUUCAAAAAACUGGGAAGAAAUCAUUCCAGAAGAUCAAAGAAGACGGUUAGAAGAAGAAGAAAGGCAAAAGGAACUUGAAGAAAUUUAUAUGCUCCCAAGAAUGAGAAACUGUGCAAAACAGAUUAGUUUCAAUGGAAGUGAAGGGAGGCGCAGUAGAAGUAGGAGAUACUCUGGAUCUGAUAGUGAUUCAAUCUCAGAAAGGAAAAGGCCAAAGAAACGUGGAAGACCACGCACUAUCCCUCGGGAGAAUAUUAAAGGAUUUAAUGAUGCAGAAAUUAGGCGGUUUAUCAAGAGCUAUAAGAAAUUUGGUGGCCCUUUAGAAAGAUUAGAUGCAAUUGCUCGAGAUGCUGAAUUAGUUGAUAAGUCAGAAACAGACCUCAGACGAUUAGGAGAAUUGGUGCAUAAUGGCUGCAUCAAAGCUUUAAAGGAUAGUUCUUCAGGAACAGAACGAACAGGUGGGAGACUUGGAAAAGUGAAGGGGCCAACAUUCCGAAUAUCGGGAGUACAAGUGAAUGCCAAGCUGGUCAUCUCCCAUGAAGAAGAAUUAAUACCUUUGCACAAAUCUAUUCCUUCAGAUCCAGAAGAAAGAAAGCAGUAUACAAUCCCAUGCCACACGAAGGCAGCUCAUUUUGAUAUAGACUGGGGCAAAGAAGAUGAUUCCAAUUUGUUAAUUGGUAUUUAUGAAUAUGGAUAUGGAAGUUGGGAAAUGAUUAAAAUGGAUCCUGACCUCAGUCUAACACAUAAGAUUCUUCCAGAUGAUCCUGAUAAAAAACCACAAGCAAAACAGUUGCAGACACGCGCGGACUACCUCAUCAAAUUACUUAGUAGAGACCUUGCGAAAAAAGAAGCUCUGAGACUUUCUGGUGCAGGAGGUUUAAAGAGAAGAAAAAUAAGAGCUAAGAAGAAUAAAGCAAUGAAGUCUAUGAAACUGAAAGAGGAAAUAAAGAGCGAUUCCUCUCCCCUGCCUUCAGAGAAGUCUGAUGAAGAAGAUGAUAAGGAUGAGAUCACUUCUGUGAAACAUCCAAAUAAAAAAAUUAAAACAGAAAGAGACAGUGAAGAAAAACCUGAGCCAGAUGUUUGUAUAAAGAAGGAAUCAGAAGAGAAGAGGGAAGCAAAAGAAAAGGAGAAUAAAAAAGAACUUAAAAGGGAGAUAAAAGAAAAAGAGGAUAAGAAAGAUAUAAAGGAAAAAGAUUUUAAAGAAAAAAGAGAACACAAAAUAAAAGAAGCUAUGCAGAAAGAAAAAGACAUAAAGGAAGAAAAGCUGGGUGAAUCCAAGUCUGAAAGUAAAGAAAGAUCCAAAAAAUCUUCAGUGUCUGAUGCUCCAGUUCAUAUCACUGCAAGUGGUGAACCAGUUCCCAUAUCUGAAGAAUCUGAAGAACUUGAUCAGAAGACAUUCAGCAUUUGUAAAGAAAGAAUGAGGCCUGUCAAAGCAGCUUUGAAACAACUUGAUAGGCCUGAGAAAGGCCUUUCUGAAAGAGAACAACUGGAGCAUACUAGACAGUGUUUAAUAAAAAUUGGAGAUCAUAUUACAGAAUGUCUGAAAGAGUAUACAAAUCCUGAACAAAUAAAGCAGUGGAGAAAAAACCUAUGGAUUUUCGUAUCUAAAUUUACUGAGUUUGAUGCAAGAAAAUUGCAUAAAUUAUAUAAGCAUGCUAUUAAAAAACGCCAAGAAUCUCAGCAAAACAAUGACCAGAACAGUAACUCCACUUCUCAUAUAAUUAGAAAUCCAGAUGUGGAAAGAUUAAAAGAAAAUACAAAUCAUGAUGAUAGCAGCAGGGAUAGUUAUUCUUCUGAUAGACAUUUAUCUCAGUAUCACGAUCAUCAUAAAGACCGUCAUCAGGGAGAUUCUUACAAAAAGAGAGAUUCCAGGAAAAGACCAUAUUCAUCAUUUAGUAAUGGUAAAGAUCAUCGUGAGUGGGAUCACUACAAGCAAGACAGCAGAUAUUACAGUGACAGAGAAAAACACAGAAAACUGGAUGAUCACAGGAGUAGAGAUCACAGGUCAAAUUUGGAAGGAAGUUUAAAAGAUCGAUCUCAUUCUGAUCAUCGAUCUCAUUCAGAUCAUCGGUUACAUUCAGAUCACCGGUCAAGUUCUGAAUAUAUACACCAUAAAUCUUCCAGGGAUUAUAGGUAUCACUCAGAUUGGCAAAUGGACCACAGAGCUUCCAGUAGUGGCCCUAGAUCACCACUAGAUCAGAGGUCUCCUUAUGGCUCCAGAUCUCCAUUUGAACAUUCAGUUGAACACAAAAGUACACCUGAGCAUACCUGGAGCAGUCGGAAAACAUAACAAAAACUGAUGUUUUGUCUUUCUGGACUUUUCUUUUAGCCAUAUAUCAUAAACCAACACAGUAAUUGCCUUACAUGACUUGAAAGAUAUAAACAGAUCUUCUAUCAGUAGCAGUAUUGUUACUUCUUUCCAGGAUGCAAGGUCUAUUAUCCCAACAGAAGAGAAAAUAUUUUUAUAUUUAAGGAUUAUGCUGCACUGUGCUACAGAUAUUGUAGUACUUUUUUUUUUAUUUUUUAAAGAAAUGGAAAAUGUUUACUAUAACAGGGACCUCAACACUGCCCUCGAAUAUAGGCUGGAUAAAACUGUUUUUAAGUCAGUGAUUUUAGACUGACCUUCAUUUAAAUUAUGUUUGUAUAUGAACUUUACUCUGACCUGUGAUCAUGUUUCAGGAAGGAAUGAAAGAGAGUUCUUUUCUUAAUAAAGAAAAAACACUCAAGGACUUUGUUCACUUUCCAAAGCUACUUGUUUACAUUGUACACUGCGACCACCUUGCCGCUUUUCAUCACAAGCUUGAAUAUUUAAAUUCUGUACUUAUAUCUGUAAUAUAGCCAGAAAUUUCCUGUUUGUGAUCUAUUAUUAUGCCUUUUUACAAGAAAAAAAUGGCUGUAAAUUAUUGUAAAUGUAUUAAAUGAGCUUUCCUUACUUUC